UACUCUACAGUCCCCGGCUCCGAAUCAUCCCGCCUGGCUAUAAAAAGGAUACAUUCCCUCCAGUACUCCAACAAGAAAACAAUAAAGAGCAAUUCAAUAUGUCAAGACCUACCCAGCAACAAAACCCGGCCGCAACGCCUCCCGCCCCUUUCGUCUUUGACACAGUGCCAGAGGCUAUCGACGCUAUCAACCGGGGAGAGUUUGUCGUCGUCAUGGACGAUGAGAACCGGGAGAACGAGGGAGAUUUGGUGUGUGCGGCGUCAAAAGUUACGACGGAGGGUAUGGCUUGGAUGAUCAAGUGGACUAGCGGUUUCAUCUGUUGCUCUCUCCCUCCUUCCCGUCUCGCCGCUCUCCAGCUCCCGCCCCUCCUGCCUCCCUCUGGUGUGUCGCAAGAUCCCAAGGGUACGGCCUAUCACCUCACCGUCGACUCGGCGCCGGGCAAGAAUCCCGUUACGACCGGUAUCUCUGCCCACGACCGAGCGUACACUGCGAGGAUUUUGGCGAAUGAGGAGAGCGUAGAGGGGGACUUGACGAGACCUGGACAUAUGGUCACGCUGAGGUAUACUGUUGGCGGGGUGCGAGCUAGGAGGGGACAUACGGAGUGCGCUGUCGACCUGUGUUACCUGGCUGGCCUCCCACCAGCAGGUCUCUUGUGUGAGCUUGUCCACCCGACGGACGAAGCCGGCGAGAUGGCCCGACGAGAUGACUGCUGGCGGUUCGCCAAGGAGUGGGGACUCAAGAUCAUCAGUGUGGAGGGCUUGGCAGAGUAUGUGGAGAGGGAGGGCAAGGAUUUGGUGCCAGAGGCGCUUGCUAGGGCUUGAUCUUGGAGAGGAUCGGGUUUGGUAGAGCGCGACGGGAAUGUGUAUUCUACAAAAUGAUAGAUUUUUUUGGUGAUCCAGAGCAUUUCUUUUGCAUGCAGUAAUCAACUGUCUU